AACUUUAAUUUAUUCAAUGUAAAACCUUGCACACAAUCAGAUCCCAUAAAGUUUAUUCAUACUUCUAUUAUAUUAAUUAUCUAUAUUUUAAUUCUCCCCAUGUCUGGCACAACAUCCUGUACUCUGUUUUCUCUAAACACAGAAAUUCUUUUUUUUAUGAAUAAAGAAACGGAUGUGUUUCCAGUGAGCCUGCAUGUCAGGUGCAGAAAUUCUCUAUUGUCAAAAGUAUAUGUCCUUAAAAAACUGGGAUUCUAUUCUUCUUUAGCAACCCUAAAAUAUCAUACAGCCAGUGCUUGGGGCUGUCAGUCACAUGUGUUCUCAUUUUCCUUUUGGAGACAUUUCCUUUUGACAUUGUUAUGUUCUCCGGGUAACAGAUAGCAUAUUCUUCCCAUAUUGUUACAGGAGUUUCAUGAAUUUUUCCUCUUCUAAAAUUAUAGUUAAAGAUUAAUUCAUGCUAAGGAACAUUCAUUUAUGAUCUAAGGUGUUCCACCACAUCGCUCUACUUUUCCUGGUUCACAGAAAUAUAUUUAAGAAUUAUAGAAGAUGUUAAAAAUGAAUGAAAGUUAUAACCUGCCAGGCCAUGGUGGCGCACGCCUUUAAUCCCAGCACUCAGAAGGCAGAGGCAGGUGGAUAUUGGUGAGUUCGAGGCCACCCUAGUCUACAGAGUGAGAUCCAGGACAGCCAGAGAUACACAGAAAAAUCUUGUCUCUACAAACAAAAACAAAAAGUUAUGAACCCUGUAGGUAAGGACCUUGCAAUGUACUAGUAUAGAUAGAGGAGAAUUCAAUGAGAAGACAGCAAAUAGAGAAAAAUUCAUGAAAGCCUAAGACCAAUACAAAUUUAUAUAGAUUGUUGUGGUUAUUUUCCAUGCCUCCACUUUUAGCCAUUAAGUGGGACACUAUCAAUAAUUACGCAAAGACCCCCAAAUGUAAACUAAUACUAUGUUAAACAAAUCAAGAUAUAGACUCGCUCUACUCUGUUGCUUUCACUUUUUCUUAUGGGUGUUUUCGUAUUACCUAUAAGGAUAAGCUAAUGUGUAAGCACGUACCUUCAUACUCUGACGGUUAUUAGCAUAUGGCCAACAUUAUUUUCUCUACCUUCACCCCGGAACUCGUCACUCUAUUUAUUGAAACCAAAUCCAUAAACAUUGUCUUGACUCAUCACUCAGUAUUUUCUCACCUGAAUGUCUCACCUUAUCCAAGAAUUCUUUUCUCUUUCAGCACUGCAGUUCUGAUGGUCCAUCUCUGUCAGGACACCAUCUCUAAAUGUCAGCACUACUCCCUGAUCAGCUCCAAGGGAAGAGUCAGAACAGGAGUGUCUCCUAGCCAGUCUUUUUCUGCUCUGGUCGGAUGGCUUCAUAUUGCUAGAUGCAGAUGCUGAAGUUCUCAUGAGAGUCACUCUUUUGUUGCUUUGCCUUAAGGUGUUUCUGUCCUCUAGUGAGCUAUCACAGACUGGGUCCACUCAAUACCUCAGUUCUCCAGAAGUGGUCAUCCCCCGAAAGGUGACCAGCAGGGCCAGGGGUAUAAAAAGUUCAGGAUGGCUCUCCUACAGCCUAAGGUUUGGGGGCCAAAGACAUAUUGUCCACAUAAGAGUCAAGAAGCUGUUGGUUUCUACUCACUUCUCGGUGCUCACCUAUAGAGAGGAACAUGCCCUUCUUAAGGACUAUCCCUUUGUCCCUAGUGACUGUUACUAUCAUGGUUUUGUAGAGGGGGCCCCCGAGUCUUUAGUUGCUUUCAGUGCCUGCAACGGGGGGUUUCAGGGAGUGUUACAAAUGAAUGGCUUCUCCUAUGAAAUCAAACCCAUCAGGCACUCCAGCACAUUUGAACACCUAGUUUAUACAUUAAACAAUGACAAGACACAAUGCCCACCUAUGAUGUGUGGUUUAACAGACAAGAGAAUGCCAUACCAACAUUUUGAACAUGAAGAUCCCGAGAAGCCAUCUGUGAAGCAAAAUUCUGGAAAAUUGUGGAACGACACAUGGUUUCUGGAGCUGGCUGUUGUGGUAGACUAUGGUUUCUUCACUUACUCUCAACGCAACUUGUCAAAGGUACGAGAGGAUGUGGUUCUCAUUGUUAACAUGGUGGAUUCCAUGUACCGGCAGCUGGAUACCUAUGUGACUUUGAUGGGCAUUGAGAUUUGGAAUCGAGGAAACGUUUUUCCAAUGGAGAACAUACAUCAGGUCUUAGAAGAUUUUUCUCAGUGGAAACAAGUCAGUCUUUCUCAGGUACCUCAUGACACAGCCCAUAUUUUCAUUAGAAGCUCACUUAUAAGUGUGCUUGGUAUAGCCUAUGUUGCAGGAAUAUGUACUCCUCCUCUUGACUGUGGGGUGGAAAAUUUCCAAGGAGACUCCUGGUCUCUUUUUGCCAACACUGUGGCCCAUGAGUUAGGUCAUACUUUCGGUAUGCAGCAUGAUGAAGAAUCCUGUUUUUGUGGGGAAAGAGGUUGUGUCAUGAGUACUUUCAGAGUACCAGCAGAGAGAUUCACCAACUGCAGCUAUAGCGAUUUUAUGGAGACUACUUUAAACCAAGGAACUUGUUUGCACAAUCAUCCAAGACCAGGGGCAGUCUUUCUGGUGAAGCGCUGUGGGAAUGGUAUGGUUGAAAAAGAGGAGGAGUGUGACUGUGGAUCUAUACAUGAGUGUGAGCAAGAUCCCUGUUGUUUGUUGAACUGUAAACUGAGGCCUGGGGCUGCAUGUGCUUUUGGACUUUGUUGCAAAGACUGCAAACUCAUGCUAUCAGGGGAACUCUGUAGACCAAAAGAAAAUGAAUGUGACCUUCCAGAAUGGUGCAAUGGAACAUCCCACCAGUGCCCAGAAGAUGGCUAUGUACAGAAUGGGGUCUCCUGUGGUGUCAGUGCCUACUGCUAUCAAAAGCAGUGUAAUAACCAUGACCAACAAUGCAGGGAGAUUUUUGGCAAAGGUGCAAGAAGUGCAUCUCAUAACUGUUACAAAGAAAUGAACUCACAGGGAAACAGAUUUGGCCACUGUGGCACAAAUGGCACAGAAUACCUAAAAUGCAGAAUGUCAGAUAUAUUUUGUGGGAAAGUCCUAUGUGCAAACGUGGAGGACAUUCUCCAUCUCCCAACUCAUUCUGUUUUGCAGAAGUUUUAUGCCAAUGGUGAUAGCUGCUGGAGUACUGACCAUCAUUUGGGGAUGGGUGUACCUGAUGUUGGUGAAGUGAAAGAUGGCACCACCUGCGGAAAAGAAAAGAUCUGCAUACACAGGAAGUGUAUCAGCCUGCCUGUCCUUUCAAAUUCCUGUCUUCCUGAGACUUGUAAUAGGAAGGGGAUAUGUAAUAACAAACAUCACUGCCAUUGUGACUAUGGGUGGUCCAUGCCUUUCUGCCUGCACAGGGGCUAUGGAGGAAGUAUUGACAGUGGUCCAACAUCUCCAAAAAGAAGAGUCAAUAUUAUGGAAUUGUCAAUAAUUUUGACUAUUUUGUUUAUUAUAACUUGUCUGUUAAUAGCUGGACUUUAUAAACUAUAUCAUUGGUCCCAAAGAGACUAA